UUCCAGUUCAAAGUUCGAUUGUUUUGUCCUUUCGUAGAAUCUGUUUCCUGUUUAUUAUUUUCAUGGAAAGUCGUCUAUCACACCACGUAUGUAGUAAUUAUCAUAGUACAUGUCUACGAUUGCAGCGUGAGUGACGUAAGGCGGAAGCUGAAAGAAUCAAAUGGUUAACGUCAGCAAAGCUGCCAAACUGUGCUCUAGAGAUAUCGCCCUCUUCCCCGAGCACACUGGCUACAUAGGGCUCUAAAAAAGAGCGAUCAGUGAACUAACUCUGUAUAUUGUGCUACGUUGAACCAAAACCCAUAGUCACCAUGGAUACUCUCUACACUUAUAGAUUACUACCACCCACGUAUACCAACACGAAGGACCCUGAAUACAGUUAUAGACUAGUGAAGCUCGAACUUGUAGACUGCUGGCAAACUCCAGACCUGAACAUCAUCAUCAAACAAGAAGAGGAAGAGGAUAGCUUUCUACAAGUUAAAGAAGAGGAGGAGGAAGAGGAUAUCUCUCUACAUGUUAAAGAAGAAGAAGAGGAGGGAGAGGAUAUCUCUGUACAUGUUAAAGAAGAGGAGAAGGAAGAGGAUAUCUCUGUACAAGUUAAAGAAGAAGAUCAUGCUUUCAUGGUCAAAGUAGAGGAGGAAGAGAAGGACAAAGCUCUUGUAGUUGAAGAAGAAGAGGGGGGUGGUUUUGCAGUCAAAGAAGAAGAAGAGGAAGAAGCUAUAGGGGUUUUUAUUUUUUCUGACGGAAACUGCAACCAGUGGCCUGUCAGUGGGAAGAGUCCCUCCGUAUCAGAAGAACCUCAACAACAACCAAAACAAAAACACACACGACCAAAGAAACAACAAAAACAGACCCAGGAACGCCACCACUCCCCUCUGUACUGCCCCGACUGUGGGAUGACCUUUGUCAGCCCUGGGAUACUGAACGCGCACCGCAGAAUCCACCAGCCCAGAAUAAUCCACACCACCACCACUACCACUACCGGUGAGCCGUCUCACUACUGCCACGACUGCGGCAAGACCUUCGACACCGCCCGCUACCUCAACAAGCACCGCUUGGUUCACACAGCAGAGAGGACGCACCACUGCUCUCAGUGUGACCGGAGCUUCCUGAGACUCCAGCACCUCAAAGAACACCAGAGAACCCACAGCGGAGAGAAGCCUCACUACUGCUCCGUGUGUGGGAAGGGCUUCACCAAGGUCCGACUGCUCCGGACACACCAACGGCUACAUACCGUGGAGGGGGCUGACGUCGUCGGGGACGGGACGGGGACGGGGAUGAAGGAGGGUAGUGGGGUGGUGAUGUCAGCGAUGGGGCGGAAGAGAGCUCUGAGAGUUCUGGCCGGAGUGGACUACUACUACUGCUCUGAGUGUGGGAAGAGCUUCUCCAGUGCGGCCUAUCUUAAGGUGCAUCAGAAGGCUCACACAGGAGACAAACCAUAUCAGUGUGCUCACUGUAAGAAGUCAUUCGGCACAUCAUGGGGUUUAAAGGUUCACCGGCAGAAUCGCUCUGGAGAGAAGCCCCACCAGUGCGCCGACUGUGGGAAGAGGUUCUCGGACCUGCGCAGCCACAAAGCCCACCAGAGCACCCACACUGGAGAGAAACCAUACACAUGCCCUGUCUGUGGAAAAGGCUUUGCCUGGCAAAAGAGCCUACAGAAACACCAGGCCACACACAGCAGCAGUGGUGGUGGAAUCAUAGAAGUAUAUAUAGAAUAAUGUAUGAUAUCCUGGAGGGUUUCACUCCAACCUCAAUCUAGCAGGUUAUUUACAACUAGGGGACAGGAGGGUAGCUCUCCAGGAACAGGGUUGGUUAAUAGGAGGGUAGCGCUCCAGGAACAGGGUUGGGUUAUAGGAGGGUAGCUCUCCAGGAACAGGGUU